AUGAACAGUUUGUUGGAUGUCAUGGCCAUUCAAAAAUGCAACGUCAGUGGAGUGAAGUGUGGAAACUGCGAAAAAACAAGCGCCGAAAGUUUCUAUUGCUUUCAAUGUUGCGCCUUCUGGUGCGAAGAUUGCAGUGCCGCUCAUAACUUGAUUAAAGCGAAUAAGACACACCGAGUGCUGGCGAUUAGAGAUUUUCAAGAUAAAGACAUUGAAAACGUGUUGAAACGUGCAGUGUAUUGCCAGAAGAAGUACCAUGAAAAAGAAGAGCUGAAGUUCUUUUGCAAACAAUGUGAAGUUUCCAUUUGUAACACUUGUGUUGUGACAUUUCACGAAGGUCACGAUAAAGUGCUUCUGCAAGAUGCUGCCAACGAAAGAAAGUUAAGUUCGGAGUCUGCAAUAGAAUCUCAAAAAGAGAAGGUGCUUCAGAAGAGAAACCUGAUCUCUAGACUUCAAAAAGAGUAUAUUCAAAUUCAAGGACAAGUCACAAACAUGAGGAAAAGCGCCCAGAGUUUUGUUGACAAUUUAUUAAAAGUUGUCGAAGAAAAGAAAAUGGAAAUACUUAAAAAUGUGGAAGACAAAGCUAAUGAGUCCUUCGAGCGUCUGGCAGUGCAACAGUCUCAGGUUGAAAAUGAGAUUCAGUUGAUCGAAACGUCAAUUGACAAAACUGAGACGUUCUUAAAGCGAAGUAGCAAUGCUGAGAUUAUGCAGUUAAACACAGUGCAGAAGGAGGCAGUCGGUGACGGGCUGAGACAAGUCGAAGACAAGCUUGAAGAUCCUGGCAAUUUCGUCUUUAUUACGAACAAAAAAUUGAUUGAUCAAGUAAGCAGUGAUGGAGUUGGAUCGUUUUUUCUCAGCAAGACUAAAUCGAAUAAUUCAGGUGCGGUUGGAAAAGGACUCACUGACGUCACUGUUGGACUUAAAGCACAGUUUGUUUUAACAACACGAAGUGCUGAGAAUAAGCGAUGCUACGAACAGUUCACUAGUGUAAAUAUGGAAAUGAGAAAUGAUCAAGGCCAUGACUGUGCCACUGGAGUACAAGUCCAAGAUAACAAAGAUGGCAGCUACAAUAUCAGCUACUUUGCCAAAGAAGCAGGAGCAUGCCGGACAUCAGUGAUGAUAAAUGGGGAACAUGUUAGUGGCAGCCCAUUCAUUGUUCAAGUGAAACGCAGGCAGUACAAACCUGUGUUGUCGUUUGGACGAAAAGGUUCGAGUUGGUCUAGUGGAAAGUUUGAUUGUCCUUGGGGUGUGGCAGUGAAUGAACGAAAUGAAAUAGCUGUAACUGAUUUUGAAAAUAACCGAGUCCAGAUUUUUAGUUGUGAUGGAAAAUUCAUAAGAUCUUUUGGCAAAAAGGGUGUAAAAAAGGGAGAAUUUAAGGAUCCUUCGGGUAUAGCUUAUUUAAAUAAUGGAAAUAUUGCAGUAGCUGACAGUAUUAACAACCGACUGCAAAUAUUCACUGAGCAGGGGGAGUACCUUACUAAAAUUGGCGGUGAAGGAAAUCUUGAUUAUCAGUUUAAUUAUCCAUGUGGUUUAUCUGUAGACAAUGAUGGUAAUAUUAUUGUUGCUGAUUCAGAAAACAAACUAAUCAAGAUCUUCACUCCAAGCGGCCAGUUUCUUAGAAAGUUUGGCGGAGAAGAUUUGUUAGUUGAUCCCUUUCAUUGUAUUCAGAAGGAUCAAUAUUUCAUUGUAUCAGACAACGGUGAUCACUGUAUCAAAUUGUUUAAUACAGAAGGUGAUUUUCUGUAUAAAUUCGGGAAUGAAGGAAAAGGGGAUGGGGAAUUCGAUAGGCCUCAUUGCUUAUCAGUUGACAAAGCAGAACACCUUAUGGUGUGUGAUUGUGAAAAUAACAGAGUUCAGGUAUUGGACCUUAUUGGAAAGUGCAUAACAAAGAUUCGUAUUCCAUAUGGCGGUGAAAUUGAACCGUUUCAACUUCCGUCCUCUACGGCAGUUCUGAAUGAUGGCAGAAUAGUUUUGACUGAUUGUGGUAACGAUCGCAUGCUGAUAAUUGAAUAAAUACAUUGCAAAGUUAAUCAUAUAAGAUACGCAGAUUCUUUGAUCUCAAAUUGCUGUGAAAUCUAAAUGGCUGUAAUUGAACAAAUUAUUUUACAAGGCUCUCUUUGUUGUUUUUAGAUUCUUAUAUUUUUAUGUUUUUUUUGUUGUUGUUUUUUCUGUGACAACAUCUUACGAUACAUGCCAGUAAUUGAUGUCGUGUAUUCAGUCCAGUACUGCUUCAGGUGUUCAGGUAGAAGAUCGUAAUAAUUGAAGUCUUUUGAGUGCCAGUUUGUCAAUAUUGUACGUAAUGUUUAUUAAACUAAUUUUUUUUAUUGUCAAGAGUGAUUACUAACCAACACUAUAGCAUUUACGCACUUGUUUAUAGCGUGAUUAUUUGUAAUCACGCAAUAAAAAUAGUUCAUUUGUUCUUAAAACGGUUUAUUGUAUUUUGUCAGGAACGGGCUCAGGAUGUGAGUUGUUUAUUACCCCAAAGAAGUGCUGGCUGAACAGUAAACUAUAAAAUCAACAUUGACGUAUCAUAAAACGCCAGUGCUGCAUUCUGCUUUCUUAGUGAUUAACAAUACGGGUUAACAAUCCUUCUGGUUUUCUGGUUUUGGUUGACGGUUUAAAACAUUCAUAUUAAUUUUUACUUGACACUUGCAAUUGCAAAUUAUGUUGUGGCUUCUAGUCAGCGAGGAUUGCAUUGCAGCUCAUAGCACAUUAUCAGAGCCAAUAACGAUCAUCGGGUGCUGGCAAUUAAGGAUUUUCAAGACAUCGCGGACGCGGCCAUCAGAUUGCCUGAAAAAAUCACCAUGAAAAACGAAGAGUAAGGAGGUUAUUUUUCAGGGACUCUGAAGUCGCUAAUUGGUACCAUUUUCAGGCUUCAGGUAUAUGACAGAGUACGGAUUUUACUAGCUGAAGUAUAUAAAAGGGUAGGGAAAUCUGUCAUUUGGGUCUGUAAAAGGGCUCAAAAGGGCUAACAGAUGACUAUUAUCACUGAAGGGAUACAAAAGUCUCAACAAGGUAUGUAAAAGGGGUACCAUUUGUCAAUAGAAUGUAUACGAAAGGGGUACCUUUUUUGUGAAAAAUGGUAUAUAAAAAGGUAAGGGGUUGGACCUCGGGGCGCAGCCUCCCCGUAUAAACAUUUGUUGAGUACCCCCCCGGGGGGGGGGUUCAUAUAUUUAGUAAAGGUGGAACUUACUUUUAAAAGAUCUUUUGCGAGAAAGGUCGAAAGUUCCCUACAUUUAUAACUUAUUUUAAACAAUGGAAACAUUGUUGUGGCUGCCACCUUUAACGGACGACUGUAACUAUUCACUGGGGAGGGGGGAGUUCAUCUGAAUUGCGGACAUCUUUUUUCUAAGGAACUUUUUGUAGUGAACAUCACUUGAAGGCUGCUUCAUGCAUGGAACCCAUUACCUAGCUUGCGAGCACGUUCUCCUAUUUGGGCGAGCAAAGCGAGCCGCGCGAGAACGCGCGAGCGAGCGGCUCGUCUCGCGCGUCCACUUUUCACUGACGAUAUCCCCCAAAUGGAGAGCUUGCUCGAAGGCUACCCAUUACCAUAUAUGGAUUCCCGUUCGUACCCAAUCGCCUUUUAUUUGUCUCCAGCUUUGAUAUAUUGCUGUUUUCCUUCGCAACUUUCGAACCAGCGUGCAAUUGCAAGAGACGAGCGUGGGAAAGCCGUCAGUGUCGAAGGCGUCCCCAGUGGCUCAAGAAAAUUUGCUUUAAAUUGAACCAAAUCAGUGUCUGGGUUUCAUAAACUGACUCUGACGUGUAAACAUACUGCUAGCAACAAAUUUCAAAAGAGUCCGACAGAUUCUCUCAUUUCUUUAGAGGUCAAGGGUUUUCCUCUUAAUUCGUAGAAAACUCGGAAGUGUUUGUCAGCAGUUAGACACCGUAAAAACAUGUCAAACACAACCUUUAUGAAGAAGUAUCCUGUUCUGUAUUUAUGAGCCUGUUCACUGAUCCAAAAAUAUCGCCGUGCUUUCAUACAUUUUGCCUUCGUUGUUUGAACGAGCUUCAGCGAACAAAUGGCAAACAUGGCGAGAUUACAUGGCCGGAAUGUCGCAGAAAGUUCCAAGUUCCUGGAAGUGGUUAUCCUAAAGAUUUGCCGGCCAAUUUUAGAAUGAACAGAUUGUUGGAUGUUAUGGCUAUUCAAAAAUGCAACAUCGCUGGACUGAAGUGUGCCAAAAAAAAAACUGCGAAAAAACAAGUACCCAAAGUUCUUACUGUAUCGUUGAUGGUUAAAGCAAACGGUGAAGGUGUUCGUUCUUUGAAACAAAUCAUCAGCCAGACUAAAUCCAGCAACUCAAAAGCGGAAGGAAAAGGAAUCACUGGCGUGACUGUUGGACUUGAAGCACAGUUUGUUUUAACAACACGAAAUGCUGAGAAUGAGCUAUGCUACAAAAAAAUCUGA